GUAUCUUUCUUGUCUAUUCGAAAGUCAAAACUACACAUUAAUAUUUACGUUAUAUAUUUGCGCGUCCGUUUGGACCCGCUUGCCGCAUUCCCCCCUUGACCCUCCAUCUUCUCAUGUCCUUCUGACUCGUUCUCUUCUCCCUUUCAUCCUCCUUUCCUACGCUCGCCAGCGAUCCCUAGGCGAACACCCGGCUGAAACCCUAACCCGGGAGAUCUCGCGCCGUCGGUGGAUCUCCAUCGGAUCUUUUCGAUCUUUUGCAUGGAAACGUUAUCCGCUCGGAGGCUUCAAGAGAAUCUCGGAGUCGUUCUUCCAAGGAUGAGGUACUAGGAAUAGUUUCCAUUACAUGGCAUGGAGGUGAAGUUGGUGUCUACUGGCAGGCAGGCAGAAGAGGCAUCAGAAACUGAGCCAAUUCUGUCUCAGCCAGCCAAUGCUGGCAGUUCCAAGGAGUCCCCAUCUUCAUGUGAAAUCAGCCCUCUGGGUGUCGAUGAUGACAGUCAAAACAUUGAUGAUGAUGAUGAACAUUGCAAUCUUGUGAAUCAAGACCUGCCACAAUGCCGAAUUUGCCUUGAUACUGGAGGUGGUGAUCUAAUUGCACCCUGCCAUUGCAAGGGUACACAGAAGUAUGUGCAUCGAUCAUGUCUUGAUAACUGGAGAUCAACCAAGGAAGGCUUUGCAUUUGCACACUGUACAGAAUGCAGGGCUGUUUUCAUACUGCGUGCAAAUGUGCCACCAGAUCGGUGGUGGUUGAGACUGAAGUUUCAGCUUCUUGUUGUGAGGGAUCAUGCACUUAUAUUCGUUAUUGUGCAACUGGUUGUCGCUUUUUUGAGUAUGCUGGUAUACAGAUUUUAUGGUGAGGAACUGCGAGAAAUGUUUGGUUAUGAGGAACACCCAUAUGGUUUUUAUACAAUGGCCAUAUUAGCUGUUAUUCUGGUGGGCUUGCUGUACGGAUUCUUCAUUGCCAUAAUAUGUGGACAGAGGAUCAACGAACGCCACUAUCAUGUUUUAGCAAAACAAGAACUGACAAAGGAAUAUGUGGUGGAAAGUAGAGAUGAAAAUAAGAAUUUGCCGGAGCUUGGCCCCGCUCAUGUUAAGGAGUUGAGAAUGCUGGGACUUUACUGAGCUGGAUUAUGAGCAUGAACUAUAGGUUCUCGUUACAUGGUGGGAUCAACCUUGUGGAUACCAGACGAUCAACUGCAGCCCUAGCCAAAUCAACUGCAUGAUUGGAGACCACUGCUGCAAAGAAAAAUGUAAUUACAAAACAUAUGGAGAUGGUUUUUAUUUUUUUUUCCCCCACCUACAGGGCCUACCUUACAAUUUAGUUUCCCUUUUCCAUAUAUAUAUAUAUGUACAUACACAUUGCAUAUAAAAAUGUUUAUACACAUUAAUGUGCUGCAUUUUUUUGUCUUUUGUACAAAAUGCGCUGCAAUUGUUGAGCUGUGUCUCGUUCCAUGAAAUGUUGACAUGGAAAAAUCACGAGCAUUAUGAUGUUACUCUGUACCUAACAAAGGAUUCUAAUUUACAAACUGUAGCAUUUGACAUACAGUUAUGUUGUAUAACUGAUACAAAAAGGGGAGAUUAACAGAGAAUUACAUUUUAUUAUUAA